CCGAACCAGCAAAACCCUGGGCCACCAAAGCGGAGCGCGCAAACUUAACCACUGGGCCACGGAGCUGGCCCCUCGUCUAUUUUCUUAAAUCUAUAUUUUCUAGCUCUGUACCCUAAAAUGGCCUGGCAUCAAUGAGUAUGUCUAGUGCCAAUUUUUUUUUCUCUACUUUCAUUCCUCACUAGAGGAAACCAGAACUCCUUGAAGAAGUGGUUUGUCCAGGUCUCAGGUAGAGAAAAUGUGGUUAUAUAGAAAAAAGAUAGAGCAGGAAAUACACUAAGGUGUCAACAGCAGUGAUCUCAGUAGAGAUGUGAUUUAUAUUUAUUAUUUUCCUUUUGUAUUUCCAAAUAUUCUCGGAGGUAUAUAUAACAGGCCUGGGGGGGGAAAAGUUGUUUUAAAAGUUUUCUAUGUACUUUCUUAGACACCUGGAUUUUUCUGGCUCCAAUAUUUAAACUUAUAUGACGUUGGCCAAGUUAUUUAACCUUCUGAAAACUCAUUCUACUCAUUGAUGGGAAGACAAUAAUACUGGUCUUGUAGGUUUAUGGUUUGGACUGAUGUAGAUUACAUAUACAAGUCAUUUAGCAUAGGGCCUAGAUCGCAAUGUAAAUGAUUCAUAAAUGCUCUCUAUUACUGUUAUCAUUAUCACCGUCACUAUUUGUAUAACUCUUCUCUCAAAAAAUGAUCAGGCUUAAUUGCUAAUGUUUCUGUUUCCUGCAAGAUAAUGUAGAUUCUGCAGGGCAGAGAUCAUGGCUGUCUUGUUUCCUACCCUCUCGCUUUAAAAAUGUGUAUGUCUGUUUUCUCUUGUUCUGUGGUAAUUUACUGUAGAAAAAAGAUUCUGCAACACGUGUAUUUAAUAUGGACUAUUCUCUUUGCAUUAAAAGACUCUUUCCCAAGCUAUUGUUCAAUCCCUGUUUGUUUACUGGAAUACAAAUAAGAGUGUGUAGUUCACACAGCUUGCCCAGGUCUCUGUGAUUCACUGAACCUUGAACGCUUACUCAGUGUGAUUAUUUCUGGAUAGCCAAUGAAGGGUAAACCUUUUGCCAGCCCCAAAACUAGGUGAGCAGCUCUAUAUUCAAAAAGGAAGAUAAAGCCUCUGUGUGGAGCUGAAACUCAGUACACUGUUCCUGCAUAUCAAGUAAGUUUACUCUGUGAUUUGGAAGACAGAGGAGCGUAGGAGCUGCAUCAUGGGAAGAAAAUCACUGUACCUUCUGAGCGUGGGCAUCCUCUUAGCGUAUUACGUUUACACACCUCUCCCAGAGAAUUUUGAGGAGCCAUGGAGGAUGAUGUUGUUCAACACAUAUCUGAAAUCUGCAGUGCAUUUGGCUACAUUUCUGGAGAUGCUGGGACUCAACCAUUUGAUGGAUUCCAUGAUGACUGGUAUGAGUUUUGAUGAAGUUCCACCAACCUCAGAUGAAAAUGUCACUGUGACUGAGACAACAUUCAACCAUAUUCCUGUCCGUGUGUACGUGCCCAAGAGGAAGUCAGAAGCCCUGAGGAGGGGUGUGUUUUACAUCCAUGGCGGUGGUUGGUGUUUGGGAAGUGCUGCUUUAAAAGGUUAUGACUCACUGUCAAGAUGGACAGCAGACAGACUUGAUGCUGUUGUCAUAUCAGCUGACUACAGAUUAGCCCCUAAGUAUCAUUUCCCAACUCAAUUUGAAGAUGUGUAUAAUGCCUUAAAGUGGUUCUUACAUGAAAAAGUUCUUGCAAAAUACGGCGUGAACCCUGAGAGGGUUGCUGUUUCUGGAGACAGCGCGGGAGGAAAUUUAGCGGCAGCAGUAACGCAACAGCUCUUAGAUGAUCCGGAUGUCAAGAUCAAACUCAAGGUCCAGUCUUUAAUUUAUCCUGCCCUUCAGCCUCUUGACGUAGAUACACCAUCAUACCAAGGAUAUUCGCAUUUUCCUGUUCUGUCCAAAUCACUCAUGGUCAGGUUCUGGAGUGAAUAUUUUACUACAGAUAGAUCACUUGAGAAAGCCAUGCUUUCCCACCAACAUGUUCCUGUGGAAUCAAGUCAGUUAUUCAAGUUUGUUAAUUGGAGUUCCUUGCUCCCUGAGAGGUUUCUAAAAGGAUAUGUGUAUAACAAUCCAAUUUAUGGCAGUUCUGAGCUAUCAAAGAAAUAUCCAGGAUUCCUGGAUGUGAGGGCAGCCCCCCUGCUGGCUGAUGACCACAAGUUGCGUGGUUUACCUCUGACCUACAUCAUCACCUGUCAGUAUGACGUGUUAAGAGACGAUGGACUCAUGUAUGUCUCCCGACUUCGGAACGCUGGAGUUAGGGUGACCCAUAACCACGUUGAGGACGGAUUCCAUGGAUCAUUUUCACUUCUGAAUUUUAAAAUUGGUUACAGGCUCAUCAAUCAGUAUAUUAGCUGGCUAAGUGAAAAUCUAUAGCAGAAUAUUUAUCAAAGAUAUAUUUUAAAAAUAAAGCAAAUUUCAAUACAUCAGAAAAUCUAGAUGUUAGAAAUUGGCCUUUCUUGGUCUCUGUAAGGUCUAUGUAUAGCAUAAUGAUUAUUUUCUGUUUUACUUUUUUACUCUGAGGGAUUUCGUUUAGUUUUCCACAUUGUGUAUCUGGUAAUUCAAUGAGGUUUUUCCUCUUAACGAAUAUAAUCUUACUUUUUAAAAUAUCUUAUUUUCUUGGAUACUCUUUUUGUGUAUGUUGGCUACUACUUACUAUUUACAAUUGCGAGAGGAUAAAUGCAAGCAAAUAUUGCUCAUCUAAAUAAUGUCAAAGUUUUAAUUGAUGUACAUUUACAGUCUGAAACACUCCCAGUACCUGAUCUAAGUGCCAACUCUGAACAUAGUUGCCUCAACACGGUGCCAUUUUAUUAUCACUGUAAAUUCUUCUUUUUCUUUGCAACACCUCUAGAAUCCAAGUCGCAGGAGUUACACUAUUUAAUGCUAAAAAUCACUGUGGUACUCUGGGGAACUAGCUGCUUUACACUUGGGGAGGAGUUAGAGAAAGUGACAUUUAGUAAAGAUGGAGGAAGUCUUUAGAAUGGGCAAUGACCUAGUAACAGCCAGAGACUACAGACGUGGAAGCAACUGACCAAUGAUAGAAAAAGCACAGAAAAACUUAAUCUGUGAAAAGUCCAUCCUGACAUUGCAGGGAGGAAGGCAAAAUAAAGUGGAUUGUUGAGGAGCCAGCCCGGUGACAUAGUGGUUAAGUUUGCGUGCUCAGCUUCAGUGGCCCAGGGUUCACAGGUUUGGAUCCUGGGUGCAGACCUACGCACCGCUCAUCAAGCCAUGCUGUGGUGACAUCCCACAUGAAAUAGAGGAAGAUGGGCACAGAUGUUAGCUCCGCAAUAAUCUUCCUCAAGCAAAAAGAGGAAGACUGGCAACAGAUGUUAGCUCAGAGCCAAUCUUCCUCACACACACACAAAAAUGGAUUGUGUUUCAAGGCUGAGCAGAAUUAUUUGUAUUGGCCACGAGCUGUGUGACGUAUUCUAACUGUGAAGAAGCACAGCCACAGUCAGUCUUCCAAUGGUGCGGGAGCUCCACAUGGCCCUCAGGGACCAGGGCUCCUUCUAUCUUUGUACUUCAGCACACUCAGUGUCUGUUUUUGUGUCCAUACACACAAUUAUUGUACUUUUGAGUAUCAUCUGAAUAUCCUAUCUUGGCAGAGAUGGAGUAUGGUAAAAGCUGAGUCACAUUUGAGGCCAUUCCAUUUUCUUAAGGAACCAGUAGCUAUCCCAGAAGCUCCACCCAAUAGACUUCUCUAUUUUGUUUUCUAGGACUGAGUCACAAGAAAUUUUGCAAAACAGAAACUUUGUAGUUGAGCAAAUGACAUUUUCUUGUGCUGAGGAAUAAGAAAAUAACAAAGCAACUAGGAGAACAUGCUAUACAUAUCUAUAGCAGUAAAUUGUCAAACAGCAAUUGUGGGAUAAUUUUCUGAGUAAAUAAGUAAAGAGAGUUGAGGAUUAAUAACAAAUGUACUGAAUAUAUAUAUGUCAGAUCUAUGGUCCCAAAUGAAUCAUCGAUGUACCAUGUAUAAAUAAAAGAAUAUGUUGAUUGCUUUGAA